GAGCUCAUGUCUGUUUCAGAAAAGUGAUAGAACGUGGAUAGGAAAUAAUGAGGGAAGAAGACAACCAUAAUUUUAAAGAGUCCACUGGCGCUGUCAGCACCCGCGGCGAUCAGCCGAUCGGGGUCGAACCGGCUACCGAGCGCUUGAAACUCACUCAGCUUCCUUCAGGAACAGCAAAAGGCAAAGAUAACAAACGCCGCAUCAAGAGGCCCAUGAAUGCCUACAUGAUUUGGGCAAGGACACACCGACCUACCUUGACGAAAGCCAAUCCAAAUGCCAGCAAUGCAGAGAUUAGUGAGCAGCUUGGGAUUGAGUGGCGGAAACUGAGUGAAGAACAAAAGAUGUUGUACUAUGCAGAGUCACGGAAGCUCCACUGGGAACACAGACAACAGUUUCCUGAUUGGGAGUAUAAUCCACGUCCACGGAAGGGGAAGCAAGUUGGCCAAAAAAAGACAGUUCAAGAAACUAUAGUCAUGCAGACCAAUCUCAUGCUCUCUGGCAGUUUGCAGAAUACAGCCUCGCAGAGAAGACCGGAUCCAGACCUGAUCUCUGCCCUACCUCCCUUUCCUGCUCAGUUAUCCUUCAUGCCUGAGCCAUCAUUUACCCAGACGAGCCCUUUGAAUUAUCAGGACAACACAAGCGGUAUGGUCUUGCACAAUGACGUUUUCCAGGUCUGUGAUGACAGUUUUGCCUCAGACCAGUAUCUGUUCUGUAAAGAACCUGUGCCACAGACUGACAAAGUCAUAAAAAGCACUACUGAUGUCCUGAGUUCACCAUCAGCCCUGGAGAAACAUGCCAUGGUGGAAGUUUUGGACGGCCUUCCUGUGAGGAGCAACAUUUUAAAAGUGGAAGAUGCUGGAGAAAUUAAACUGUUUACGAUGCUUUAGAGUGAGUCGCCUUCAAGGCAGAUUGUGUAAGAUGUGCAGCAGUGCUAUCAGCAAAGAACUGGCAGAAACCAGUGGGGCCCAGAUACACCCAGCUGCUGCCAGCUAAGUCUAAAAGUGGUCUUCAUGGAAGAAUUAUGGCUAAAAAAACAAUGCUAUGUGACUAAACUAUGCAUGAAAACAUAGAAACUAGGCUGCAUAAAAAUGGUAGCAGAUGCCCCAGGACUGAUGAGUCAAAAUGUAAAAUAUUUGGCUGUAGCAAGAGACAGGAUGUUUGAUAAGAGCUGUACAAUAAUGAGUGUCUGCAGGCAACACUGACUCAUGGUGGCGUUACCUUGCAUGUUUGGGGCUGCAUUUUAGGAUUCAUAGUGUCCGCAAUGCUAAAAAACACAGGCAAAUACUUUUUAUAUUUAUUAUGUAAUACCAACAGGGAGGCAUCUGCUUGGCCCCAAAUUUACUCUGCAGGAGGACAACAACCCCAAAUAUACAGCAAAUAUCAUUAAGAAUUAUCUUCAUAUAAGGAAACAGAAGAUCUGUGCUUAGUUCCCAAGAUGUUAGGAACAACCUACCUGCCAAAUUCCUUUUAAAGCUGUUUCAUUAAGAAUUAUCUUCAUAUAAGGAAACAGAAGAUCUGUGCUUAGUUCCCAAGAUGUUAGGAACAACCUACCUGCCAAGUUCCUUUUAAAGCUGUUUGCAAGUUUUUGUAGAAGAACUGAUGGCAAUUCUGGUUUUGCAGGCAAAGA